AUGUUUUAUGAAGGUGACGAUAUUUUUGCACAGUUCUACAUGAUUGAUUAUAAGUCGGUAUCCGCUUUACUUCCAUUGUCAACAUCAUCAUCAGCAACAAUAUGUGAAUUUAUUAAUAAUAGGAUGGGUUUUCCUACCAUAUUUCUACAUUAUCAAGUUGAUUUUUUGCCUGCCUGUAAUGGCUUGGUUCGGGUUUAUCUUACCCCAGAAAAAUGGGGGGAUGCAGAAUUUUAUAUUUGGAACCCAUCAACAAAAGUAUACAAAAACAUACCCACGGCACCAGAUGUAGACUACGAAGAGAUAGAUGAAGAAACAGAUGGACAUGGAUUUUUUUAUAAUUACAAGAUUGAAAAUUACAAAUUGAUAAGGGAUGUGAUCAAGGCUGUGAUCAACAGGGAUUCAAAGUGUUCCAAUGUUGAUGUUUAUACAUUAGGAUCAAAUUCGUGGAGAAGCAUACAAGGCAUACCUUACCAUCUUUAUCACAAACGAGCAUUUGAAGUGAUAUUUCACGGAGCUCUCCAUUGGCUUGCGCUUACUUUUGAAAAAGACUUUGUAUUACUUCGUUUUAAUAUUAACAACGAGAUAUUCGAGGAAGUAGCACUGCCUGAAGUACUUAUGCCAUAUCUCGAACAACCUUUGGAAGAAAAUACGUUUGGUAUAGAUGUGGCAGUGUUGGGAGGGAGUCCUAAUGCUUCUGCUUCUUCUGGGGAUGCUGCUGAGAUGGGUCAUUCUCUUCCUUAA